AACAAAGUUUAUUUUUUUUGAACUUUUAAAAAUAUUUACUUGAAAAACAAACGAAUUUCAUGUUUAAAAACAUAUAUUUUUUAUAUUUAAACUUUCAUUGUCUUUAAAGAGCCUAUAAAUAAUAAUUUAAUAUAAAAUGUUUGGUGAAAAAGUAAUAGAACUGCUGAAAGAAUCUGAAAGAAAUCGAGAGACACUAGACCAGUACAAUGACGAAAAAAUACGGCAGAUCAUAGAAGAAAUGCAUGUUUUAUUCAAACUGAACAUGAAUGAUGCCAAUGCAACAACAGAAAAUAAAUCUCUAUGGACAACUGUUCAAGUAAGGCAUUCAGCACUAGAGCGCAAUAAAAGAUGCUUGCUAGCCUAUCUGUAUGACCGGAUGGACAAGAUUAAAACAUUGAGGUGGGAAUUUGGUUCUGUCCUGCCACCAGACAUCAGAGAACUAUUAUCAGAUAGUGAAUAUGAGUGGUUUUCUAAAUAUUCAACAAAUUUAGCUUCUUAUAUGAGGUCUUUGGGACAAGAAAUAGGCUACAGCGGUAUAGAUCUAACAGAAAACUUACGGCCUCCAAAAUCUCUUUUUAUAGAGGUACUCUGUGUAGCCGAUUAUGGUAAAUUGGAAUUAGAAGAUGGUGAUGUUAUAUUGUUGAAAAAGAAUAGCAGACACUUCUUACCUACAUCUGAAUGUCAAACUCUUAUUAGGCAAGGAAUUUUGAAACAAAUAACUUAAUUCUAAAUAUAUUCUGUGAUUAUAGUAGUAAUAGAAAUGAUGGUUUUGGUAAAUAAUAUUAUUGAGCGUGAGAGUUUUAUUUUGGAAAGAUCGAUGAAGAUUAUUAUGAAGUGUAAAAUUUGUAAUAAUAAGCAUAAUUAAAUCUUAUUAAAUAUA